UCUCUCUCUCUCUCUCUCUUGUAAUUCUGCCACGACACUGUACAGACUACCUGUUACGAUGCUGAGCUGAGCUCAGCAGAGCAGGCCUGAGAGGAGCCAGGAGAGAUCAGCUGACAGGGAACAGAGGACACUGAAGAGAGAGACUGAAGAGAGAGACACAGGACGGGGCGGGACGGAAGGAGACCCUUCAGAGGAGAGAGCGGAGCUUAGCUGAGGGCUGCAGUGGAGGGAUUCAGGGACACCAGACCAGAGGAAGGAGAGAGAACCCCAGACCAGAGAGAGGCCAGACCUGGUAACAGGGAUAGACCAGAGAGAGAGAUCAGACUAGAGAGAGACCAGACCAGGGAGACACCAGACCAGGUAGUAGGGAGAGACCAGACCAGGUAGCAGGGAGAGACCAGAUCAGACCAGAGAGAGACCAGACCAGGGAGACACCAUACCAGACCAGAGAGAGACCGGACCAGACCAGGUAGCAAGGAGAGACCGGACCAGACCAGGUAGCAAGGAGAGACCAUUCCAGACCAGCGAGAGACCAGACCACACCAGGUAACAGGGAGAGACCAGACCAAAGAGAGACCAGAUCAGACCAAAGAGAGACCAGACCAGAGAGAGGUGCGCGGGGUCCCCAGUCAGGGCUGAUGGCUGGAGCCUGGGACACCAGCUGUUCUGAAGACAACCUCUGAGAGCCCAGCAGAGGGCCGCGCUUCACCUGGAAACACCGCUCAGGUCGCGAGCCCAUGAAGUCGUUCACGCUGGUCCUGCUCCUUGUGAUCGGCGCCCGGGCUGCGGUCCCUAUGGUAACCACGGGAGGGGCGUCCGCCUGUCUCUCUGCCUCCAAGCUGCAGCCGCAGGAAGAGGAGGGGCCUAACCUGACCUCCGCCCCCACCAUUGACCCCAAACUCUUCGCCAAGCGGCGCUACCGCUCACCCCUGGUCCUUUUCAGCGACAAGCCCCCGGAGGCGGGGCCUGCGGGCGGCCAGGGGGCGGGGCCUGGGGGCAGGGCCAGGAGGAGGGCGGAGUCUCCGCUUCACGAGUCCAGAGGCCCCCUCAAUGUGUGCGAGAGCAUCAGCUUGUGGGUGGGCAACAAGACCCGCGCCACAGACAUCAAGGGCAACGAGGUGACGGUCCUGCCAGACGUGAAGAUCAACAACGUCAACAAGAAGCAGUUCUUCUUCGAGACCAUCUGCCACAGCGAGCGGGCCGGGCGCGUAGGCUGCCGAGGCAUCGACGGCCGCCACUGGAACUCCCUGUGCACAAACUCACACACGUUUGUGCGUGCGCUCACCACCUUCCAGAACCUGGUGGGCUGGAGGCUCAUACGCAUCAACGUGGCCUGCGAGUGUGUGCUCAGCCGCAAGUCAUGGAAACACUGACCGAUGCUAACACACACACAGAUACACACACACACACACACACACACACACACAGAGAUACACACACACACAGACAUAUACACACACACAGAGAGAUACACACACACAGACAUAUACACACACACACAUAUACACACACACACAGACAUAUACACACA